GCGUAGGUAAGGCGGCCAACGUGCUGGUGGGCAAGGCCCUGGGCACGAACGGCACGAGUCCAAGCAACCAAACCCUGGGUUCGGUGUGUCAUCCGGCGCAGACGACAGAGGCCAUUGUGCUCUUCACCAUUGCAGCACUGGGGAUGGGCGCUAACAUGUUCCUGAUGCUGCUCAUCGUGUUCAAGAGACCACUACGACGGUGGUCACAAGGCCUUCUCUUCCACCAAGGCCUCGUCGACUGCGGCAGGGCCAGUUUGCUUUUGCUCCUAGGAGUAGGUGUGCUUUUCUGCCAGCGCCUUCCCAAAUGCAACAUCAUCGAGACUGCCUUCUUAUUGUUGGUGACUGUGUCCACGGUCAAUAUGCUCACUUCUGUUAUCAACGACGCUUCCCUGCUGCCUGACCAAGAUUUUCAGCAUCCUCCUCAACAAACCAGCCCCCACCACCAUCACUACCAUCACCAGAACCCACUGCACCCAAACCAGGAUACAGUUGGGACUCCUUCUUCCGUGUCCUUGGAUUCACCCCAGUGCAUCGUGUUCGGCUUAUUCAUCAUAUGGUUUGCCAGUUUCACGAUUAAUCUGGGGCCCACCCUGCUCAGCGGGGCCCUAACCAGUUCGAGGGAUACCGCCGGCCACGUGGAUGCUUGUCCCAUGGUUUACGGCCCCGUUAGGCAUUACGUGCUCAAUGUCCUAUGGGUUACGGUGAAUGUGAUGUGCGUUGCAUUAACCGGGGUGCAUCUCCGAAAGCUCUAUAGAGACUUAACAAGGUCCAAUUUGGAAGCCGUGAGGAUAGCGGGUCUGGUGACGACUAUGAUAUCCGUGAGGUCGGGACCCCACGACUCUUCGUGUAACGAGUCUCAGCAGAUUCAAAGCUAUAUCCACCGCCUGGAACAAGAAGGUAUCAGGCGUGUGAAAAGCUUCGCUAUCAUUCUAGCCGCUUACAUUUUAUUUUGGGGCCCCUUGUUCACCCUGACACUUAUCCAGCCUGGAAGACCAGGUUACGCCAUCACCUACGAAAUCACCUUGCACGUCGCCUUUGUACAUGCCUUCGUUAACCCCACCCUGCUGCUGAUGCUGCACAGGGACCUCCGGAAUGUGGCUGCUGACUUCCCAUGCUGUGGAAGUUCAUGGGGAAGUCCUAGCGACUGUGGUAGCGGAAGUGCAAUCACCCGAAGGCCAGGUACUUCUUCAGAAAUAGCUCGAGCUUGCCGACUCAACAGAGGCUACAUGGAAACGACCAUCUGACAACAACUGCAAGCACGGGACGAUAUCACCGUGUUCUCCGCAACCCACUUCGAUGAAGCAGCCCCACCGGCUGUCCCUCCGCCGCCUCCACCCCGUUCCAGCGGCAAUUCGCCCGCAUCUUACCACCACAAAACCCAUGAUGACCACCAAGUUCUGCCUGCUGAACACCUUCUAAGACCACAAGAAGCUGACGAUGAAGAUACGGGGAGUAGCCUUGGCCCAGAAGGACAAAUUCAAUCCUACCAGAUCUUGCAAUGGGAAGAGCGACCUCCUGAUUACGUGACGAAUAGUAAACAUGGCUCGAAUGGAGAUAUGUCCGCUAUAAUUAUGCACUAAAGAUCUAUUUAACCUGUAUUACUUAAUGUGAUUUCAUAUAAUGUGAUUUCUGAUGCUAAAAAGAUCACUGGAAGGUUAAAAGGACUGGAAUGCCUAGUUAGGAUUUAUUAUCAGAAAUAACUGAAGGAACUUUGAUGAUAUAAUCUAAACAUUGCGGACUUGCACGAAUAUGGUAAGUAUGAUUAAACCGUAGCAAAUAAUGAAAUGCUUAAAACUAACGUGUAUUAUAGAGCAGCUAUGCAAAAACUAUUAUGAAAACUUCAUGAUUAGUAAAAGGAGCUGUAAUUUUAAAGCAAGAAAAAUUAAACAUGAGGCACAGUCUUAUUUACCGUGUAGUUACACACUUUCCAUAGCAAUUUUAUGCAUUACUUACGUUUAGCAGCUAGACAUUACAUUAAAAUAAAUAUAUCUAUGCAGACUUUCAGGGCUCUAGUCACAUCAAAUUAUACAGUAAAGCUUUCAAAAAGAGUAUUUAAAAGUUUUUUUCAGACCUUCCUUGUAAGAAGUUCAUCAAAGCAGCUUGCAGAUUUAAAUCACAGAACGUUUCCUUUCAAAUUACAACAUUUUGUACAUUUCGUUCAGACAAAUGCAUGCUAUGUAAAAAUAUCCUCUGUUAUUAAAAUUUUCAAAAGUGAAAAAUAAAAAACCUUUUUCAAAACAAA